AGUCCACAUGAGAGUUGGGAGUUCGGACUUUAUCCGUCAGUUGUACAGAAUCCCUGGAUUCGCGCGUGUCCAUCCUCUUCACCACCUGAACAGAAAUAUAUAUUUCAUAUUCAUGAAUAUCUGACGUGUAUCGAAUAUAACCGCGAUUGUAUUUCCGGAUCUAUACAGUGAAUCUAAUCGUUCGAAUUAUUGAUAAAAAAUUUUGUGAAAUCAGCACCGCGGUGCCGAUCGUCGUCGUCGUCGUAUCGAUUUUAUAUAUUUUCGGCAAAUUUAUGCAUUUGAAAAAACAGUAACACCGUUUUAGAUAAAUAAACGAACGAUUGAAUAAUUUUUUGCGGUACAAUAAUAAAUGGGAUUAUAAAGUCGGAUAGAUUAAUAUCAAAUUUUCAAUUAAGUGUAUAUAUGAACAGCCGUUGAUCGAUCGACGAUCACAAUAAUUACUUGAUCGUGGAAAAUUUUUGUCAUUUGUACUUUUUUCCGACUUCUUUAUUUUUCACCGAUAGAUUCGAACGGGAAACGACGAAAAUUUUCAAAAUAUAACUCGCAAGGUAUCUCGCACGCGCACGUCGAUAUAAUCAAUCGAACGAUGAGUCCGUUGGACGCAAAGGGCUUCAAUGGGCGUCUCGCUUUCGCGAUCGCGGCGGCAGCCCUUGGCUCCUCUUUUCAACAUGGUUACAACACCGGCGUCGUCAAUGCUCCACAACAGCUCAUCGAGGAAUGGAUCACUCAGGUGUCAGAGAAUCGAACUGGAACACCUCCGACACAAACACAAGUGACGUUGAUAUGGUCGAUAGCGGUAGCUAUAUUCUGCGUCGGUGGAAUGAUCGGUGGAUCAUUGAUCAGCGUGGUGUCCGAUAGAUUCGGAAGAAAGGGUGGGCUACUUUGGAACAACAUCCUGGUACUUUUCGCCGUGAUUUUCGAAGGUUCGGCAAAGGCCGCUGGAAGCUACGAGAUGUUGAUUAUCGGCAGAUUUUUAAUCGGCAUAAAUUCCGGUCUGAACGCCGGUCUGACGCCGAUGUACCUCGCCGAAAUAUCACCCGUUCACUUACGAGGCGCCGUUGGGACCGUGUAUCAGCUCGUGAUUACCAUCUCAAUUUUAUGCUCGCAAAUUCUCGGAUUGGGAAAAGUUCUCGGCACGCCCAACCAAUGGCCGUUGCUUCUUUCGCUCACCAUAGUUCCCGGAUUCUUCCAACUCGCGACAUUGCCGAUCUGCCCCGAGAGCCCGAAAUAUCUUCUCCUCAGCAAAGGAAAAGACCUUCAAGCGCAGCGAGCUUUGUCCUGGCUUCGCGGUACGAUCGAAGUCCAGGAUGAGAUGGAGGAGAUGCGAUCGGAAUACGAGUCGAUGAAAAUGGUACCGCGAGUGACUCUCAAGGAACUUUUCGUUAACUCGGCUCUUCGAAUUCCCAUUAUUAUUUCCAUAGUCAUUAUGAUCGCCCAACAAUUUUCCGGCAUCAAUGCCGUGAUGUUCUUCUCAACGAAGAUAUUCACCAUGGCAAAACUUGAAGAAGAGGCGGCCCAGUACGCCACCCUUGGUACGGGCGCGACGAACGUCGUCAUGACACUCGUAUCUCUUGUCCUCGUCGAAAGAGCCGGAAGAAAAACACUGUUACUUUCUGGUUUUUGCGGAAUGUUCGUCAGCACGAUCAUCCUCACCAUAUGCCUAGCAUUUGUUGGUUCCGCCUCCUGGAUAGCCAAUCUGUCGAUCGUCGUCGUCCUCGUGUUCGUCGUCUUCUUCGCAAUUGGGCCGGGAAGUAUCCCGUGGUUUUUGGUAUCGGAAUUAUUUACGCAAUCGGCGAGACCGGCGGCCACUUCUGUCGCUAUCGCAGUUAACUGGACGGCCAAUUUCAUCGUUAGCAUCGGAUUUUUACCCCUGCAAGAAGCCAUGGGCAGUUACGUGUUCCUUAUAUUCGCCUGUCUCCAAAUGGUCUUUAUCCUCUUCGUUUACAAGAAAGUACCGGAAACGAGGAACAAAACUAUGGAAGAAAUAAGCAGCAUGUUUAGGCAGAUUUCUUACCAAUGAAAAAUUCGUCGAGGUCAGCAGUAAUGGUGAUUUGCAGGGAGAAAUGACCCCGUGCACGACGACCUUGGCAUGAAUCCAACCACAUCAACGUUCGGAAUCCUGCUUGCUGAUGGUUCAUUUUAUCAGAUUAACCAAACUCGUUUCGAGAUUUUAUUUUGCUAAAACCGAUUGUCAUUCAUCGUUAUCGACUAAAAUAUUUCGGGCGCUGUCUCGAGAAUAAUAUACCGUCAGAAAGCAUGGAUUCCAAGAGAUGGUUGCGUUGCGGUAUCUGAUGUUUAACGAUGAAAAGAAAAACCCUAGUUCCUAUUUAUUUUUGAAACCGCAACUCAAUUAGAAAAAAAUAAAAGGAAACUGGCGUCGUAAGAUGCGGUAAUUUGAUAAAUGGAAAAACGCCAUAAGGCAUAGUGGUGUUUAGCGAAUGACGUGGUGGUUUGGUAUUUCCUCAUAUUGGGGGAAAACUUUGUUGUACAGCUUUGAAAGCUUUUGAAAGUUAUUUUUUUAAUACAAUCUAGUCGCGUGAAAAUACUUUUUCGGACGUUGUCUUGAGAGCGGAAACAUUCGAAUAUGUGAAAUUUAACAAAUAUUGUUUGUUGGAGACGAUAAAUUUUGGCUCUUAUCAUCUCGUUUGGAAACUUCGCGCUUAGUCCAGGUUCACAAUAAUAUCAAUUUUCAAAAACUUGUUGAACAGAAAUGAGAACGAAAAACAGAUUCGUAUACGAUGUCUGUAUGCGUUGUUAAUCAAGUUAAUGUUUGUUUUUCUCCUGUGUUGUCAAAAGAAAAAAAACAUCAAAAAUACUAUGACUUGGCAAUCAAUCAUUAGAUUGAUUAGCCAAAAUUCGACACUUUACAGACAUCAAUGUACUCAAAAAUCUCUGUGUCAUAAUUGUAAAUACAAAAUAUUAGUUUAGUGCUGAAAUAUAGAUAAUAGUUAUAUUUAUGUAUAGUGAUAACAUUAAUAAUAAGUAGAACGUGUAUAAUAAGAUCAUGCUACAUAUUUUGAGAAGACAGAAAAUAUUCGGUCAACAUAAAAAUAUAUGUAAGAGAAACAAAUAUUAUUUAUUCUAAAACAAAUCUGUCGAUAGACUCUCAGGAAUCAAAACGAAAAAAAAGGAAAAAGAUAAUCGACGUUAAUCCCGUAAAAUACUUUAACUUUGCUGUUAUUGUUUUCUACGAUUAACCGAUUCUGAAAAUGGUAUACAUACAUAUUUAGUGCUCAAAUAUUAUAUAAUUGUUUUCGAUUUAGAUGCGUUCGGGUUUAAAAAUCGACUAAAUUUGUUAUGAUGAAAAAUGAGAUUGAUCAAAAAAUUUGAAAAAAACCAGGUAUUUUUUCGAAAUUUAUCAUAGUUGUUGAUUAUGAAUUGAAGAAUUAGAUCAAGAGCUUGGGCCAAAAUUAGCAAUUUUACUAGUCGAUGUCGUUAAAAGUUGAGAAUGAAAAUAGGGUCGGCAGACUGCUUUUGAGCGUGAUUCUACAUGACAGUGGAACUGAUAACUGAUUCGAAAAAUUAUUUCUCCUAGAAAUAAUUUAUUGCAUUCGCCAAAAGAAAAAAACAAACAAAAAAUAAUUAAAUUUUAAUAAAAUAAAAUGACUGCGAGUCAGUCUCUAACCAAUUGUUAUGAUGUUGAAAUUUUUUUGUAUGCUUACAGAAUACGCCAAUUUAUUGAUUAUUGUAUAAGUUUUGCAACGCAGUUAUAGAAUUUAGUCUAGCAAGUGUUCUUUUAUAUAUGAGACGAGUGUCUUUAGUUAUUAUCAAACAUAUACAAUUUAGAACUGACAGAAAAAAAUGGCAACAAUCAUUACUUUGGCGCAGUAAGAAAACUGCGUGACACUUUAAGAACCGUAUUACAUCAGUUUCAUAGUAAUUGUACAUCCGAAUAUGAUAAUUUGUACUGUUAAAUAUAACCAUGACCGUUGUCAACGGUAUUUCAAUUCAUAAAAUCAUUGUAUUCGUACAACGCAACAAUAGGAGAUAUCAAGAACGUCGUAAACAUAGUAAUUAUCACAAUAUUUGGUGGUAUCACCUGUAUUGAAUGAAAUACACGUUGAAAUGUCAUUAGUUUUCGACGAGACAUCAGUAUGCAGUUGUACAAAUAAAAUAUAUUAAAAAAAAAGAAGAAA